CGACCGGCCCCGCCCUCUGCUCUCUGCGCCUGCACCUGCCGACCCAAGGACAGACAUGGCCCGGGAGCCUCGGUCCGGCGCGCUGGAGCCGGAGUACCUGCAGCGGCUGCUGCUCUGCUCCCUGGAGGCCAAGAAGUCGGCCUACUGCCCCUACAGUCGCUUCCCCGUGGGCGCCGCCCUGCUCACCCGCGACGGGAGGAUCUUCUCGGGGUGCAACGUAGAAAAUGCCUGUUACACCCUGGGCAACUGUGCUGAAAGGACCGCCAUCCAUAAGGCCAUCUCCGAAGGGUGCCAAGAUUUCAGGGCCAUCGCCAUUGCCAGUGACCAGCAGGACGACUUCAUCUCACCAUGCGGGGCCUGCAGGCAGGUCAUGAGAGAGUUUGGCACCGACUGGGACGUGUACAUGACGAAGCCAGAUGGCACAUAUGUGGUCAGGACAGUCCAGGAGCUGCUGCCUGCUUCCUUCGGGCCUGAGGAUCUGCAGAAGUUCCAGGGAAGGCCAGAGAAUUGCUAGCACCUGGGAGAGCCUGGGGUCCCGAGGGCUCCAGGGGACAGCACCACUAGAGCUUCUGAAAGACAUCCUCUCUGGCCUGGAGACACCUGCCAGUUGAGUUCAGUGAUACAGGGCUGGACAAGGAUAACUUCUUCAAGCUACACUCAAACAUGCUGGUCAUUGACUGGAGUGACCCCGGGCCUCACUCUGGGCUGGGCAAGAUCUUCCCCUGCACCCACCAGGGACUCAGGGUGCUUCACCCCACUCCACUCCUGCUGUCCUUUCUGCAGGUACUCUAAAACCCCAUACUGUGUGUACAGUAAUGCUUGGGAAUGCCUACUCCCAUAUCAGAGAACUGGUCAAGUCCUAACUGCUCCACUUCGCAUCCAGCUCCCUGCUAAUGCACCUGGAAGAGCAGCAGACCACGGCCCUGGCGCUCCAGGCCCUCACCCCACACGGAGACCCUGACGGAGGUUCCGGACCCUGGCUUCUGUCCAGAGCUGCAGCCAUUUGGGGAAUGAAGCAGUGGACAGAUACU